GUGCUAUUGGAUGACUCAAAGGAGCACGGGCAAGGACGAUGGAAAUUAUUCACGCAGACUUUUUUCUUAAAUUGCAUCGCGUGCCUAAAAUUCCAUUCGAAUAACGAUCCGCGGACCGCGGCACAGGAUGCCAUCUCUCAGUAAUCGAUGCAGCAGAUGUAUUUGUAAUUACGUGUCUGGAGAAAACAUUUCUCCGCCAGAUGCGAGCGUGCUAAUCAGCUGAACGCGAUCAGCCAUAACGUUUGUAUGUUACUAGUGAGACCCCGUGAUAGUCCCCCGUGACUUGAAUCGAAAUGAGAGCCGACGAGAGUUGCCAAUGAUGCGAAUGAGAGAAUGAGGAAAUUCCGUACGCUCGUGCCCGCUGUCCCAGGCAUGAGAAGAGCACUUCCAGCUCCUUGAGUCGUUCGUAUUGUUUCGCACCUCGUAAGUGUUAAGUCCUUAAAUCAUCUCGCGCCUAUGUACGUGCGUACUAAGAGGUUAAAGCGCAGCUGAAGAACGAGUGCGGAGGAAAUUGGUGAAACAAUGCGAGUUCUCGGCGUGACAGGAGUACUCAGCCGCUCUAACCGACAACUGACAAUCUGUCUAACUGAAUCCCGUAAAAUCCUCGGACAGGUUAUGUGAGAUCGCGCACACAGGAUACUCGAUCCGAAAACGCCAACCGAGACAGACGUCCACGAGUAAUGCUGCGCUCCGUUCUCUCAUGAGUGUCGUCCUUUGAAGGCCCGGCGAUGGAGCGGAAUGGUGCUAGAGAGAUGGAGGAGCGAAGAUGCAUUCGAGACACUGGCAAGGCUCUGAAGAAGUAUGGGAGCACAGCUAAGCACAUGACACGAACGGAGAGCCUGGUCAAGCACACGGUGUGCCCUACGGAUACCCUCCAAGGAAUAGCUCUGAAAUAUGGGGUUACGACAGAACAAAUAAGAAGAAUAAAUAGAUUAUGGGCGUCAGAUAGUUUAUUUUUACGAGAACAUUUGCUUAUUCCCAUUAGUACAGACAGUACUACUUCUGUACACAAUGAUGAAUCGGUAGCUUCUGAAGAGCACGAUAUUCCUCCAAAUAUAUCUAGUCCUUCUUCGAUAUCGUCGUCUAUUGAUGAUGAAGGUUCCGUUAAUGAUUUCUUAGCUAAAAUGGAUUCCUCGAUAGCUAAUGUCAAGAAAGAAGUUAAACGUACUCAAGGGAACAAUUCUGUACUGACAAUGAUAUUUACGUACAACGACGGCGUGGAUCGGCUAAAUUACGAAAUUCAUUUCCCGUUACGUCGAAUACUUAUACAGCGCCCCCCUCCGAUUCCGUCAGACCUACGUCCUCUAGUGAUAUGCAUAAUUUUCCAACCGCUGUAGUUAUGACGCAGGGAAGAAGAGUGAAGACUUCUUUACAGAGGCUCGAGCAGCAACAAGACGAAAUGUUCCAGUUGUAGCAUUUAAGUUUCAUUGGGCUGUAAUGUUCUGAGUGUCGACUGCUAUUAAAAAGCUUGUAGGAAAGGAUGUACUGUAUAUCAAUAUCAAUUAAUACAAAUAGCAGGUUGUUUUUCAUGUCUCUUGGUUGGUUGAUCCAAUUAUAGGUUUCCUUGGACUGCAUUGCCCUCUUCUGAUUUUUGUUAAAAUUUUGUUAAAAGAUCGAUUGUAUGGGAUCGCAGCGUUAUGCUUGUGCAAUAAUUAUAUCAACCUUACGACUUUCUUUCGUCGUAAUAAUAUAUCACGAAAAGUGGAUCAACUAACUUUUAUACUAUUUAGACAUAGCGUUGAACUGUUUUACAUAAUGUUGCUUACGUGGACCAUACGUGCCUUGGAUAAAAGUCUCUGCAUUAUGUAAGAGUUCUCUCUAUGCUCUAUGAUUUUGCUUAGUUAAAUAAUUAUUAACUAUUGAUGUAUGUUUCUACGUUUUAUUUAAAAAAUGUUUUGAUUCAGGAAAAGUAGCACUUUACAAAUUUAAUGCAAGUUGCAAACUGUCAGGAAAAUCAAUACGUGGAAAUAAAUACUACAAGAUAUUAAAUUAAAUGCGAAUAAAAUGUAAUAGCUACUUAUAUAGUGCUACAAGGGUGAUUUCUUGAAAUAAUUGUUAUAACGAUAAUAUAUUUUAUGUUUUCUUACUUAUUAUUA